AUGGAGUCCUGGGGCACCCCUGAGCCCACUGCCUAUUUUGAUUACGACCUCGGGAGCCUCCUGUGUGAGAACAAGGUCUUCACGUUCGCCACCUUCACCACCACGGUGCUGUACUCUCUGGUGCUGCUACUCAGCCUGGGGGGCAACAGCCUGGUGCUGUGGGUGCUGGUGAAGUACGAGAACCUGGAGUCCCUCACCAACCUCUUCAUCCUCAACCUGUGCCUGUCAGACCUGGUGUUCUCCUGCCUGCUGCCAGUGUGGGUGUCCACGUACUACUGGGGCUGGGUGCUGGGGGAGCUGCUGUGCAAGGUGCUCAGCAUGACCUUCUCCGUCAGCCUCUACAGCAGCGCCUUCUUCCUCACCCUCAUGACCGUGCACCGCUACCUGGCGGUGGUGAGGCCCCUGUCCACACUGCGCGUCCACACCCUCCGCUGCCGCGUGCUGCUGACUGCCGCUGUGUGGGCGGCCAGCGUCCUGUCCUCCAUCCCUGAAGCCAUCUCCCACGAGGUGAUCGAGUCGCAGUGCACCUACGCGCAAAUGCGGGGUCUGCUGGCCUCCGUCUACCAGCACAACAUCUUCUUCCUGCUGUCCAUGACGACCAUCCUGUUCUGCUACGUGCAGAUCCUCAGGACCCUGCUCCGCUCCAGAUCCAAGCAGCGGCCCCGGACGGUCCGGCUCAUCUUCACCAUCGUGGUGGCCUAUUUCCUCAGCUGGGCCCCCUACAACCUCAUCAUGUUCCUGCAGACACUGGUGAGCAUCGGGGUCAUCCAGAGCUGCGAGACCAGCCAGCGGCUGGAAUUCAUGGUGCUGGUCUGCCGCAACCUGGCCUUCUCCCAGUGCUGCUUCAACCCGGUGCUCUACGUCUUUGUGGGGGUCAAGUUCCGCAGGCACCUCAAAAGUCUCCUCCAGCAGGCGCGGCCGUGCCAGCCUCAGGUGCCCAGCCCAGCCCCUUUGCUCCGGUCCCCAGGUGCCUUCACCUAUGAGGGUCCCUCCUUCUACUGAGGGAGGGGGUGGCACAUGUGCAGGUGGGCAAGGCGCUCGGAGGGGGACAGGAGCAGUGGAGCUGCUACCGGUCACUGCAGAGCGGGAGGGAGAAGGACCUGUGGGUCUGGGGCCCCUCUGAGGGAAGGUGACUUCCCACCUGGGCAUCGGCACUGCCACAAGGGACAAUGCUUCUGCACGCGCACACAGCGCUUAUCCCUGCUUGAUCUGCAGCUCCUAAAACGUGCAGGGCUCCCAGGAAAGGGGCUGCUUUUGAGCCGUCAAGUCAAGCUCAGUGAGUGUGACCACUGCACGGUGCAGGUGGCUUCGGGGACAGUCUCCCUUCCCUGGCCACAUAGUUGCCCAGCCCAUCUGUCCACUUUAGUGGGGACUCAGUGACUGCCUGAGAGAUCAGAGUAACCACA